UAGGAACACACGUCAUGACAGGCCGAAGUGGAAGGGAAGUGGAGUUUUCAUCGCUGUGAAGUAGAUGGAAGAACAGGGAGCAUGCCAACAUAAAGUGGAGCCGGAGGGGACAAAUAAAGAAGGAUCGGGGCAAAGAGAUGGCACAAGAAGAGCCGCUGUAUGAUUUCCCAGAGCCCACCCAGCCGUCAGAGCGCAAGUUCGCAGGGCAUCAAAGAGGACAGGGCUCUCUGAAAAACAUCAGCAUACUGGACCGUCUGCUGCUCACAGUCCCCGUGUGGCUUCAGCUGUCCAUCAAUGCUGCCACCGCACUGCACAUACUGCAGAGGGAGCCUCCUGGGAGCUUCCUGGUGCGCAAGUCUCGCACGUCCCAGAGAAACGUGCUGUGUGUCCGCUUGGCAGAUGACAGCGUGCCGUCCUUCGUUCAGCAGUUUGGCAUCAGGGAGGAACACUCAAGCAAGACUCUGUCUCUGGAGACUUCAGCCAUCAGCUUUCCAGAUCUCCCAAGACUCAUUUCCUUCUACUGUGUCAGCAGAGAUGUAUUAUGCUUCCCUCUGGAGCUCCCUGAAGCUAUUGCAAGGGCAACAUCACACAAAGAGCUGGAGUCCAUCUCACAUAUGGGAAUAGAGUUCUGGAGUUCCCACCUAAACGUCCGUGGGCCACGGGAGGCACCCAAGCCUCAGACGGACAAGGAGAAGAAGCCAGAUGCUAUACCCUCAGCCCCGGCCACUGCUGCCUCACAGACAAGCUCCGCAGCUCAGCCUGAUUCAACUCCCCAAUCCAACUCAGACAACCAGCUCAAGACAGCUGCUGAAUCAGACACCGCUGGUUCCAGUCCCACCCUGUUCCAUGAGUUUUGUCCAAUCACGACACGCAGCCCAAGAGAGCUGGACUGUGGCUCCGGCCAGGGCGCCCUCUGUUUCAUCAACCCCCUUUUCCUGCAGUUCCAGGCCCCUUUGUCCAGACAGCGCAUGUUCAAACGCAGCCUCAAGGUUCGGGUUUCCACCGAGUCGUCGACCCUGCUGGCGCCCCCGCUCGCUCCUCCUCCUCCACCGCCUCUAAUGCCAAAAACCAGAAGAAAAAAAUGUAAAGCCCAGAAACAGGGACAAGGAACCGCUGAUCCCAGUAAAGGUCAUUUACAAGGUGAGAACCCAAGUCAGGUCACCCCCAUUGAGGCCCAAGUUCAGCCUCUGUCAGCAGCUGCUGACUUCCAGCUGCAGGAGGAGUGCCAAAUACCGAUGGAGGCUGGAGUCAGGGAAGAGGAGGCUACAGAGCAACUACUGGCAGAAAUGGAGGAUCUCCCAGACGACUCAGACUACAUGCAGCCUUCUGCAAUGGUCAAUUCCUCCCUUUGUCCCUCACUCUCGCCAUACCUCUCCCCAUCUGUUUCUCCCACGGCUCCUCCCCUUUUCCCCAAAGUAUCUCCGUUCCUCUCCCCUGAUGACUCUCCUGGUCCUUCUCCCUCUCUCUCGCCUUAUCAGUCCCCAUGUGCUUCUCCCAGAGCUCCCCUUUCUCUGUCUCCGUAUGACUCACCCAGCGCUUCACCCUCUCUUUCACCUUACCAGUCCCCGUCUCCCUCCCCUAAGAUCCCAUUCUCGCUCUCUCCCUUCACCUCUCCAGCCUUCCCUCAGCUGGCAGAGCAGGCCUAUCAGAUACCUGUUCCUUUUUCAAGACCAGAUCAGCCAAGAUCAGAGAGGGAGGAUGAAGAGGAGGAGGAGGAUGAAGAGGAGGAGGGAUCAGGUACAGAGAAAGAUGAAGAUGACACAAAUAAGGAACUGCGCAAAGAGACAGAAGAGCAGGAAAUGGGUCUGGUUUUAGAAAUGAACGCUGCUUCUCUAAAUGGCACGGACAGCUGCAGUUCCUUCAGCAGCCUUGAGGGGUCAGCAGAGACUCCACCUCCUUUACCACAAAAACAGCACAUCGGUACGAGCCUCUAACGAACAAACACCAUCAAAUAUAACUGGAUAACAUCAUGUUCCACUGUUACGAAGCACUGUGUAGAAUUACUAAAUGUAGAUAUGGUGACAGCAUCCCAGGGUCUCACCCUGAAAUGAUUUAUAGAAUAAGGCAAAACUUAAAUAAGUUUUACAAAACCAAAGAUUUUAAUGGCAAUACUGGUAGUUUUGCACGUUUUAUCUGCAAGUUGUGUUCACCUUUUAUCAUGCUCUAUUGCCAUCCAUUUUGUAAAGCAUACCUCUAUUUCUUCUCACUGAUUUCCUACCUGACAUGGAGCCAUUUGUUUCCUUUUGGUAUUUUCUGAAUAUUAAACUCUUGAAACUUU